AUGGACCUCUGCCUUCGGCUGCGAGCUCUCGCCCACUGCCGCGCCAAGCUCGGCGGAAUCCAGGCCGCCGCGCACGGUAGAGGGCGUUGCCAACGGCGUCGCACGGCCUCCUCAUCUGCCUUCUGCUCCCUCGCAGUUGCGUCCAGCGGAAAUGGAGCGGCAGCUGGACCCGUUGGGAGCGGCGUGGAGGUCGCGCGCUCCAAGAGGAUGCUCCAUGUUGUGCUGGUUUCCCCUAUGAUCCCAGGAAAUACAGGAUCAAUUGCAAGGACUUGUGCAGCAGCGGCUGUUGGCCUCCAUCUUGUCGGGCCUUUAGGUUAUAACAUAGAUGACACAAAAUUGAAGCGAGCUGGAUUGGAUUAUUGGCCUUAUGUUGUUGUGAAGGUUCAUGACACUUGGGAUGAGUUCCGAGAUUAUUUCAUGCAGCAGGAUGGAGAAAAAAGGUUGCUGGCAUUUACCAAAAGAGGCACACGUAUCCAUUCAGAUUUCGCAUAUAAGCCAGGGGACUGGCUAGUAUUCGGCUCUGAAACAAAAGGGCUACCAGACUCCGCGCUGGAAGACUGCUCCGGAGAAGCCCUAGGUGGUGGAACCAUCCGAAUUCCGAUGGUGGAAACCUACGUCCGGUGCCUGAAUCUCUCGGUCAGCGUUGGAGUAGCGCUCUACGAAGCAGCCAGACAGCUGAACUACGAGCAGCUCCAGUACCAGGCUGAUCUCCCGGAGGAAGCUCAAGGAUUGUUCCCAGCAGAGGAUAUUUAUGGAUGAAAAACACUCAUCUGAAGAUAUUUAUUUACGGUACACUCAGUGCUGAAAAUCUGCUGCUUUCAAAUUGAAAAGAGCGAGAGUUUCUUCUAUUUCUUGCUGCGCCUUGCGAUUUUGUGAACAUUUGAUCCGGAGGUUUUGCUCGCAUGCUGAGUCAAAUUUUGUAGUUGGAUUUGAUUUAUACUCCUGCCAGGAGGUAAUUAGAUAUGACAAGAAGCAAGAUGGGGUCUCUUCAGAGCUCUAGUACACCGAGCUGCCUAAUUGUACUGAACCAUCAAUACGUUGGUUGAUUCGUAUGCAGAUGUUUUGUCACUUUGUUUC